CAAAUACUGCCCGAUCCCAUCCCACCUUCCCGGCAAGCUCAAUCAACAUUGCUGUGCAGCAACAUUCACCAGCGCGAUCGCGGAAGACAUCGACUCCAAUCCAGACAUACACCAAGCCAAGCCGGUCACAAACUCUCCACCAUGGCGCAAAAAUGUGUCCAUCAAGGUUGUGGGAAGAUGUACACCGACCAGGACGAGGUCUGCAGGUACCAUCCAGGUCCUCCAAUCUUCCAUGAGGGGCAGAAAGGCUGGAAGUGCUGCAAGCCUCGCGUGCUCACGUUCGACGAAUUUCUUGAGAUCGAACCCUGCACAGAAGGCAAGCACAGCACGACCGACCUACCUCCCCAGAUCGAGAAAAAAACAGGCGACGCUUCAGAUACGAGCGGCAGCAUCAACGCGACACAAGCCAUCGCUUCGAAGAUCGACGGGCUUGCUUCGCCGCCUCCACGAGCGCCAGUUGCCCAAGCCACUACUACUCCCGCCCCAGCUCCUCCGCCCGAGUCCGAAGACGACGAGCCAUCACUUGAGAUUCCAGACGGCAAGGCUUGCCGAAGACGAACGUGCAAUGCUACGUACAAGAAAGGGCAGGUGAGGUCGGAUAGCGAGAACUGCGUACACCACCCUGGUGCUCCGAUCUUCCACGAAGGAAGUAAAGGCUACACGUGUUGCAAGCGGCGUGUGCUUGAGUUCGACCAGUUCAUGAAAAUUGAGGGCUGCAAGACGUCCCCAAGACAUCUCUUCAUCGGCUCGGGCCAGGACAAGAAGUCGACAGCGGCGGGAUCAGCCGAAGAGAUUUUGGACACUGUCCGCCACGACUUCUACCAGACGCCGUCAAGCGUAAUAGCGUCUUUUUUCCUGAAGAAGAUUGACAAAGACAAGGCGACUGUCAAGUUUGAGACGCAAGGCCUUGAUCUCGACCUUCCGACCACUGACGCUCAGCCAAAGCGGUACAAGACCGUAGUCCCUCUGUUCGGGAGCAUUGACACUGAAAAGUCAACGUUCAAGAUUCUGGGCACCAAAUUGGAAGUCAACCUGUACAAAGCUGAUGGAGCAAGCUGGCCUGUAUUACGGAGCGAUGAGCGGCUUACUGGUGAGAUUCUGCAGGUUGGCCGGGCUGGUCGUGUCUGAUAUUAGGGAUGGUGUGCCGACGACUUCUACAUGUUUCACGUUGGAGUUUUCAGAUGUCGCGGUUGUCGGAAAGACUGUCCUGGGUCGCCCAGGUGAUAUGAAGCAAAGAGGAAGCCGAGCCUAGAGUAUGCAUGAAACGAGUCAGCCACACGAUGCGUCCAGCUGGUACCCCCCACCGCAUAGAUCCUGGUUACCAACAUCUGCAGUGUCACCCUGCCAUCCCCCUACCACCAUGUGCCGAUCAUGUCAG